CCCUGCGCGGGCACGUGAGCGCGGGCACGUGACGGCCGGGGCGGCGGCGGCCGCGAUGGCGACCUACGUGAGCGAGCUGGAGGCGGCCAAGAAGAGCCUGAGCGAGGCGCUGGGCGAGAACGUGAAGCAGUACUGGGCCAACCUGAAGCUGUGGUUCAAGCAGAAGAUCAGCAAGGAGGAGUUUGACCUGGAAGCGCGCAGGCUUCUCACGCAAGAUAAUGCAAAACCAAAAGCACUGCAGUGGGAUGCCUGCGUGGCAAGAGGGAACAGCUGCUCCUCUGACUGGCUGAAUACACCAGACUUGUCAAGCAGCUGUUAUACACUGUUCCAUUCUCAUAAUGAUUUCCUCCUGGCUAUUCUCACCCGAUGCCAGAUCUUGGUUUCUGCCCCAGAAGGUGCUGGAUCUCUGCCAUGGCCAGGUGGCUCUGCAACUAAACCUGGAAAACCCAAAGGGAAGAAAAAGAUUUCUUCGGUUCGCCAAAAGUUCGAUCACCGGUUCCAGCCUCAGAACCCACUGUCAGGAGCCCAGCAGUUUGUGGCAAAGGAUCCUCAGGAGGAUGAUGAUUUGAAGCUGUGCUCUCACACCAUGAUGCUCCCAACACGUGGCCAGCUGGAAGGAAGGAUGAUUGUCACUGCCUAUGAGCACGGGCUGGACAAUGUCACCGAGGAGGCGGUGACAGCCGUUGUUUAUGCUGUGGAGAACCACCUUAAGGACAUUCUGACCUCUGUGAUAUCCAGGAGGAAAGCCUAUCGUCUGAGGGAUGGCCAUUUCAAGUAUGCCUUUGGAAGCAAUGUCAACCCUCAGCCAUAUCUGAAGAACAGUGUUGUUGCUUAUAACAACUUAAUUGAGGGCCCCCCGAGCAGCGCGACGCCCUCGGCGGGUCAGAGCCUGGCCCCCCCACCUGCUCCUGAUGAUGCUGAGCAGCAGGCAGCCCUGCUCCUGGCCUGCUCUGGGGACACCCUGCCAGCAUCCCUGCCUCCAGUCAACAUGUACGACCUCUUUGAGGCACUGCAGCUGUGCAAGAUGGGUGAGCUCUUCCUCUGCAGCAAGGCUGCAGUGAUUAUAUCAGAACUGAGCUGGAUGGAUUUUGACAGUGCCGCAGCAAAACACCUUACCUGGCAUGUCCCUUCUUACUCAUGUUCCACCUGGGUACUUAGAGGAACACUUGGUCCUGGCAUGCAAGGCACUGCACUGGGUUGGCUGCUAUCACCCCAGCCCUGGGGAGGCACUGGAGGUGCACAAAGAAGUGAUCCCUGCACACACAGUCUAUGCUCUAAACAUUGAGAGGAUUGUCAUGAAGCUCUGGCACCCGAACCACGAGGAGCUGCAGCAGGACAAGAUCCAUCGGCAGCGCCUGGCCGUGAAGGAGGGCCUCCUGCUCUGCUAGAGCUGGGCAGCCCUGCCAGCCCUCAGGUGGCUCCAGCCUGCUCCUGGGACUUGUCAUUCGGGUGCUUCUUACAAACCUGUGUCAGCAUCUCCAGGAUGAUGUGAUUUACGAGUCAGCUUUUCCUAUGGAAAUGGGACUGAGUUGUGGGACGCUUCUCUGCUUCCCAGAGUCGUGUGCCGUGGAGUACUUGCAGCAAUGCCACUGAAUUGGGAAAGAGAAACGAGACACGUUUGCAAGGACUCUUUUUAGGAAAAAUAAAUGUGAGAGUGGAAAGAGUUGGUUUUAAACAAGGUGUGCUCUUGUCUUCUUUUGUGAGCAUGGAGAAUCUGUCUCCUUGCCCUCACCUCUCAGGUAGUUUCCCUCCUGGAGCUCAGACUCCAGAGGCCUUGUCCAGCUUCUGCUGCAGUUGGUGGGAUCCUUUUCAUUAACUGGUUAUGGGGUGGGCUCUUGUGCAGAUGAGCAAUUCUGUUAGCUGACGUUGUUCCUCUUCUACCGGGGGAACUUCUGAUUAGAAACUGUGACGAAACAAGGCAAAAAGGGAAUUGUCUUGGUGUUGAAGAUUCCUUGGAUUUGCAGCAUGAACAAAUCUCUCCUAUCACUUCCUUGUGAAAAUAUGCAGCCUUGUAUUACUUCAUUAUGAAAUUAUGCAGCCACACCUCUCCACAUGGGAGAUGUGCAGAUCACUGUGGAAAAGGAGAAAUUCCACCUUGUGAGUUUCAGGUGCUCUGCUGUAUUCCUGAGUCAGCUCUGGGAACUAGCUUGUUAUAACAAGAGAAUUCCAUUAAAGUGUCUUAAUUAGUACAUGA